UUAGAAAAUUAAAAAUACAUUUCCUGGCUCAGAAUUUGAUGCUCUUUCGAAUGAGAUAGGUCUCGACUAAUGCGCCAGACUUCGCUGUAAAGAUGGUAUUUUACCGGUGGAACUCGCCAAAAUGUUUUGUCAUGUCUGCUGCGAACAUAUGGGCUUCUGCUCCGUGGGACUGAUAUAUUGAAUAAACAAUUAAUAUAAAUUCUAUAGAUAUUGCUUGAACUAUUUUUGUAUCCUGACUCUAAGAACGUUUUUGGUGCUGUUGAAAAAUGCUCAAUUCGCAUUCGUUAAAAGCUAUUCAUUUGAUUUAAACGCGUUUAUUAGUAGACGAAUCGCCAAACGGCAUUGUAGGUAACGUCAUUGAAGAAGAUAUGUGAGCAAGAUAAAUACUUAUUAGACGUGUUAGCCGUAGAAAAAACGAAACACGAAAAAAUCUCUUCAUAUUUUUGUGCCGCCCCUGACGAAACUUUUAUUGGUUAACACCUCUGCUCCUUUUUCGUCAUAUAGGACGAAAUGACAGUACAAUUUCUUUCACAAUGUAUAAACAGGGUAUAGUCACAGAUUUAAUUUCUGUACACCAGGUGCUAUCUGUUCUAGUUCUAUAUUCAUCUCAGCAGUCAUUUCUAUUCAACAACAAUCUCCAACAGAUUUGAAUAUAUAAUUCUUCUAUUGGACAUUCCAUUAUCUUCUGUUCACUUUAAAUUCACUGAUAGUUCAUGGUCAGACAGAACACUGUCCAAUAGAAAUGACUAAACACAAGUGGCAGGGAAAAAACCGAACGGACAUUUCUAUCACAAAGAGAGAUGUACUAUAUAAUCCCCUUCUCUCAUUCAACUAUUGCUCACUUCUAACAAAAUAGUUAUACAAUGCACGGUUACUUUAUCACAACAACUUUGAGCCUGCUUUUCCUGGUCACGUUAAAAUCAGCAGGUAAGCUUGGUCCAUAAUUAGUUGAAAAACACCGUUAAUAUUUUUUAACAACUUUAGAAUGUACAAUUGCUCCGUUUAACUGUACCCAAGAUGGUCGGUUCCCGGAUGCACACAAUUGCUCAUUGUUUCAUAUGUGUGCUGAUGGUAAGGAUACAAUUUUAAACUGUCCCCAAGAUACAACUGCCGCUUCAACGUUGAUAGUCGCUCAUGAUGCCUGUGCCGCGUCACAUGACAACGAUUAUGAGUAUGCUACAUCUGUAAUCACAUCGAUUUAUCAUCAAUGUGAUCAUGGUAUACAUCGACUCGUCCAAUGUCCAACACAGACAGCAUACUACAGUUCAAAACCAGCAAGUUUCGGUGUCUGGUUGUGUGGUAAACGAAGCUCAGAACUAGAAAAACUGUCGACCAGAGGUAGUGUAGCUCCAAGUAAUUUGAUUACUCAUUUCAAAUCAGAAGCCAUUCACCCCUUAUUAGCCCAUCGCGGAUCCAAAACUGACGGUUCUUUGUUUCCUACUGCUACUCGUCCAUACUGGGGCGAUCACCGUCAGCAUGCUCAGCCUUUCAACGAUUCCGUCAUUUAUCCAUCACACACUAUCUAUCCGUCUCAAAUUCUGAUAUAUUCUGAUAAAUUCAUCAACUCAAUUCAACUGUCGUACAUUGCUCCCGAUAACGGUAGCAUCGAAACUCAAGCACCAAGACACGGUGGUUUUGGUGGUCAAGCACAUACCGUAUUCACAUUAGACACUGAUGAAAGAAUUAUUCGCGUGGAGGGUUGGAAAGGUUGGUACAUUGACUCGCUGGAAUUUUUGACAAACCAGGGUAGAACAAGUGGACAAUAUGGCUCGUACGGACGAUCAACGGCAUGGACAGAGGAAAAAGAAGGGGAUGUGCUCAGUUACAUCAGUGGACAAGUAUCAGGAUUUGAGCUAAUUGAUAUCCAGUUUCACUGGACCAGAGAAGGUAAUGACAGCCACCCUACUCAAACAUCUACUUCAACCACGUCAACGAGUACUUCAACAUCAGCCAAUCAAUGCAUGAAUUCGUCUACGACAGCAAACGACACGUGGUUUUAUACAUUUUUGAAAGUAAUCGGCGCCAUUAUUUUAAGUGCGACAGCUUUGAUAUUCGUUGGCAGAAUUGAAUAUUAUUUUGUAUCCUUGGUCAAAGACGGUUGUUGCCGACCAAGAGCCAUUGCUGACAAAGGAAUACUCUUGAAAGUUUAA